UAAAAAUAUUUACAACAAUAAAUGGAAGAUGUCCUCUCUUUGUGCAGUACAUCAAGGAGUAGACCUCUUUUCAGUUCCUAUUUAUUCAGUCUUUCAAUUUUUAGCAAUGCUUUUUUACUCUGGCUCCAGUUAUUCUUCUAUCGUAGUUCAGCUGGUGACCAUAUCCAGAUUUUGCCAAAGUUUGUCUACUUUCUUAGCUUCUAGAAGGUUUGUGGAAACUUUGUUCUUUGAAUCCCCAUUAACGACCCCACUCUGUCAUUUUACAAGCCCUUACUUGAGCUCUCUGUGGGGCUGCCUCUUCCUGCAGUUUAAAACACCUGUCUUGGAAAACCUUGUUUAAGUUUCUAUUACUUCAGCAAGAAGGAUAUCAAAACAACAUACUCUAAAUUACUGAGACUUAACACUUCCUUUGUUCCCAAUGCCACUUCUGAGUCAGCUUUGAGGCAGAAUAUUCACCUGACAGUCUUCUUUCCUAAUCAUGCCAACAAAGGAGAGUUUCAAGUCAAGUCAUUCUGUGUUCACAGACAGCUUUGUUUUUACUUGCACCUUGCCAAGAAAAUUCAUAAAGAUAAUUAACAUUUUUUUUUCUCAUUUUCAGCUGCCAAAUUAAGCUGCAGAGUUUCCAAAGUCACCUUGUUUAUAUGGCUAUCAGCUUGUAGAUUCAUUUACUUUUGUCAGCAAUAAGUUUAUUAACUCCAGCUUAAGGCUUAUUCCACAUGGUCAGUUGCCACUUCCGUGGCCUUCUUCAGGUGCUCCUCCAUAUCUGAUGUAUGUGCUGUAGCAACCUAGUCAACAGUUUAUAGCCUUCAUCAAACACUACAAAUUGGAUAUAAUUUCUGGAUCCAGGUCUUUCUUUGGAUCUACCUUCCUGAAGGGUAUUCUGUCAUCAUUCUAUCAAAGAAGCCCAUUAACUAAGGAUUCUGUCCAAUAAGUUGAAGCAAAAGUAGGGGGAUAGUAUGGGGUAUGGAAAUUAUGCACUUAGCAUUAUGCUGGAUCCUUGUUGUUCACUCCUGCCUCAACAACACCUUUAUCAAAAUUGCCACUUCCUUGCCUUUGGAAGGACCUGGUAGACCUAAGCCUGAAUAAUGUUCUCCAGUCCGUCCUUGCCUUAUUUAUUUAUUUAGUUGCUUGCUUCUUAGGGGGUAGACUUGAUCUGAGGGAUGGUGAGACACGGGUGGCUUAUGGGAGAGGGAAAGAGCUGGAGCAUUGAAGAAAGCUCUGUAGAGGAGAAGUUGCUAGCUUGGAUCCUACACAAGGGAGGAUUACCCAAAGUCCAGGCAGGAAGAGUGGGACAAAAAGGAUCCAGUGUUAUGGAAAGCAGAUAACUUUCAUUUUUUUAACACUUAGGUAUACUUAGUUUGUGUAAUGAAAAUACUGGAAAUGUUGGAGUAACUGAUCAAUAACACUUGCAUUUGAUAAACAACCAUUUGAAUAAACUACAAAAGUGUGUCUGUGCAGAGUAAACAGAAUGUAAAUGUGUGUUUACCCUAUCCAUAUGUUCAGCAGACACAUUAAUAUUUUUCUAUAUAUUUUUUGCAGUAUGGAGAACUACAAAAUUGUUCUGGAAUCCAGUGUUGCUGCUUCAAACAUUUUAUGCGGUUUACAUUCAUUGUAUCAGUUUGGUCAUUUCUGUGAUAUAACUAUUCAGACAGAGCACCAUGGCAUACAAGAAGAAUUUUCAGUUCAUAAAGCUAUUUUAGCUGCUUCUAGCAACUACUUUAGAGAUUUGUUCAUCGGAGAUGAAUUGUCCAGUACAAAGAAGACUACAGUGACUUUGCAGGAUAUUUACACAGAAGAAUUUACCUCUUUUUUAGAGUUUGUAUACACUGCUAAAUUAGAAGUUGAGCCUGAAAGAGUUUGCAGAAUUAGAGAACUGGCUGAGAAACUGGACUGUAGAGAUCUGCUUGAUAUCUGUGAAGAAAUAAAAACAGAUGGACAGAAAAAAACUUUAGAUGAGAAAAUUGAUUCUUCUUUAUCCAGCCAAGAUGCUGCCAAGCAGGAGAUUUUAGUGGCAUCUCUUCAGGAUCAAGAUAAUGCAAGUACAGAAGGAUCUUUAAUAAAUGGGGCAGAAUCUGUGGAAAGCAGAUGUUUUAGUCAAAUAGUUAACCCAGACUCUGCAGCAGACAAACAGGUUCCCCAGCAAUCUGCCCUGCAAGCCGAACAGACUGAUGAAACAACUGUCCCCAGUAUCGACUUUAAAACUGAGAUGUCUUGGUUUGACUGCCGAGAAAAUGCAGUCAGUGCAGAGGACAUUGAGGAUGAUGCUGAUGACCAAAAUACUGAAAACUGUGUGGAAUACUUGAGGGAGUCAGAGAACAAUGAAAUCUGUAUCAUUGUUAAGACUGUCGUUAAUGAUCUAGAAAAUGAGAAAGACACUGAUAGGUGUGGUAGACCAGACAACUGUGAAGUCAGAAAGCAAAACAGAAGUACUUCACAGAAUGCAUUUCAGACUUACAAAUGUAAUAAAUGCAGCUGGACAUUUUCAUAUGUCAAGCCUUAUCAAGUGCACAUGGAAACAGAACAUAACAUUAAAAUUGUGAUCAAAUACAGUUGCAGUUUAUGUAAACAACUGUUUUCUAACCACCAGAAUCUGAGGCAGCAUAAAUUAACUGUCCAUAGCAGUGAGCGUCCAUUCCCUUGUAAACUGUGUGAUAAGAGUUUUAAACGUCACAAAGACAAAAAUGAUCAUGUUCGAAGGGUUCAUGAGAAGAAAAGGUCCCCACAAGCUUGCCCUUAUUGUGAUAAAGUAAUCAGUUCAAAGUGUGGUCUGACGGUUCACAUCAGAACUCAUACAGGAGAAAAGCCAUAUAAAUGUAAGGAUUGCCCUGCAAAGUUUGCUCAGAGAUCUGCAUACAACACUCAUGUCAGAAAAAUACAUGAAUCUAGAAAAGAAAAGAAGCAUAUGCCUGCGUACUGGAAGUUGGUACCACCUUCCGACCAGUUAGAUGGUGGUGUUGAUGAAGAGGCUGCUAGCUUUGUAGCAGAUGGCAUGGGUAAUGAAAGACAGAUACCAGAUAAACCAGAAAAUAUGAAGCAUUUUACAAGUCCUAAAAGGAACCUGGAGGUGGUGGAGGAGGAAACUAGAAAAGGCUGUUCUGAUUCAGGCAUAGAUUAUUCUUCUAGGCAAGAGGCAAAGGCAAAAAGAAAUGACAAUAAAAAUGCAGAGGAUGAAGAGGAAGAAGAAGACAUUUUUAAGAGAGAAGAGGAAGGGUGUAGUGAAGAUGAUGAUGAAGAGGCAGCAGAGUCUGACUGUGAUGAAGAGGAUGCAAAAGAUAAUGAGGAAAGUUCUGAUGAUGAAGAUUUCGCAACUUGUAAAGAUGCAGAUGAAAAAAGCUUAGAUGAGAUCUUUAAACUUAAAAAAAAUGAUAAGCAGUCUGUUGAUAAAAACUCAUCAUACUUAAUAACGUGCGAUCACUGCAGUGAUCAGUUUUUUUCCCGUAAAAGAUAUGUAGAUCAUUGUAAGGAGGCUCAUCAGUCACUGCCUGGAAAAGUCUAUCAGUGUGAUAUUUGCUGCAAGGCAUUCACAAGUUAUAACAGCUGGAAGGAGCAUCGUGCUUGUGUUCAUACAGAAGAAAGGCAAUUUGCUUGCACUCUUUGUAAUGCUACUUUUAAAAGGAAACGAGAUGUGAGAACACAUUACAUGCGUACACAUGAGGGGCGUGUAAAACGUCCACUUUGUUCCGUUUGUGGAAAGAUUUUGAGCUCUAGGACUGCUCUUGUAUUUCACAUGCGGACUCAUACAGGCGAGAAACCUUAUGAAUGUUUAAUUUGCCAUUCUCGAUUUGCCCAGCCAUCUCAACUUAAAAUUCAUGUUAGGUCGCAUACUGGAGAAAAACCUUACAUUUGUGAAGUCUGUGGAGCUUCUUUUGCUGACAAGGGUAAACUAAAUGGCCAUAGAAGAACUCAUACAGGAGAGCGACUCUUCAGUUGUGACGUGUGUGGCAAACGAUUUGCUACCAAUGAGUAUCUGAAAUGUCAUAAACAAUGUCAUAUGGGAGCCAAGCCUUACAAAUGUGAAAUGUGUGGAAAGACAUUUGGUUUGAGAGCUUCACUAGCGCAACACAGCAAUGUACAUGCAGAUGUGCGUCCAUAUUUCUGUGAACAGUGUGGAAGAACAUUUACUCAGCAGGGUGCUCUUAGACGCCAUCAAAGAAUACACACUGGAGAAAAGCCGUACAAGUGCAAGGCUUGUGAACGAACCUUCACAGACAUGUCAACAUUAAGAAGACAUGUCUCAGUCCAUGAUAGGAAUGCACAUUGGAGAACUUACUUAAUCGAUCUUACUACCAAAAAGGACCAUAACUGGUCCAAGAUUGAAACGUUAUCAGAUGUAUGUUCUCAAGAUGAUCCUCCUCCUCCUCCAGACAUCUGGACAAAUGACAGUGAUAAGCAGUUUAAAACUGAAGGAAAUGACAACAGAUAAUUAAGAAAAUUUGCCCUCUGGUGCUGGUUUGAAAGACGAUGAUUAAUAAUAGCUUGCUGUUUUACUGUAUGAGUUGCACUUCAUUGAUCUUCUGAAAAGAGCUGCAUGUCAUAAACUUUCAGUUUAUAGACGGUGAUAUGCAGCAGCCAUCUCAGUCACUUAAAUUGUGUUGUCACUGGAUCAGUCUUUACUGUUAAACACUGGGCUAACAUAUGCAUACGUGUCUAAAGUACGAGUUUGAGUACAAUUUUAUCUAUUUGGCAAUAGUCAUUGCACCGAGUCUUGGAACAGAUUGUGAUGUCAUUAAGGGCAAGCUGUAGUUAACAGAAUAUAACUUCUGAUUUGAUGUUAGUAAAUACUUGAUUUUCAUCAGGUAAUCGCAGUCUGUCUUGAAUUUAUAUUUCAGGUCUUUUCUCAGAAUUUCUUGAGACCUGUAAACAAGCUCAGUUUACACAGUUUGUACAGCUGAGUUGUACAAUUAAUAACUAAAUUCGCUGUCACUAAUGCACACACUUUAUAAUAAUCUCUUCACAAACAUUCUACUUUAGUACAAUUUUCCUUUAUGCUGUGAAUGAAUUAAUAAAACCUUAUUCAGAGUAUUUUUUUUUUUAUAAUUACUUUAGAAUCAUAGUUCCUCAUUUUUGUUUCUGUAGAGUACAUAUCUUCUGUGUAAUUAAACAGUGUUUAUAUUUAUAUUUAUUUUUAAGUAUUGUUACAUUAAUAUUUGAGUUAUGUAUCUUAUUUGUUACCAGCCUAGAAAUGAACAAGUAUUAAUAACUAGCAGUUAAGGAAAUCAGCAGACAGGCACACACAGCAACAUAGUUUGACGAUGGUAGCUUAUUUCUAGGCUAUUAAAGUAUGUCUUUGUAGGAAUUAUGUAGCAUAUAAAAAAACAGGUGUCUAGCUGCUUUUUCUGUAUGGAAAGUAUGUAUCAUACUGAAAAUCAUGUACAGUAGAGUUUCGAUUAUCCGAACAUCAAACGUUGGUUAUCAAAACCAGCCUUCCAAAGUUUUCAGGUAGGAAAAAUCAUAAAGUCUGAAUAUGUAAACAUUAUACGUAUUUGCUUGAGCAUGCUUUUUGAGCUUGUAGCCAGCUAGUGUGUGAAAAGUAUUCUUUUUUAUUGUCCAUUGGAGUCGCUGAAUGGUUGAAAGGUGUAUUCCUGUAUCUAGAAAAAAAAACAAGAUUUUAUACAUUUUUUUAAUCCAGUUCAAUUAUAUGUUUGAUUAUUCGAACAAUUUGAUUAUCUGAACUGCCCUAG